AUGAGCGGCGGUGCUGGACGAGACGACAGGGAUGAGCCCGUGGGGGCACCCGGCACAUCUCCAGUGCCCAAUGGCGGUUCAAAUGGCUCCUCAGAGCCUUUGGAUGGGGCAAGCGGCAACAGUGGACUCCGCGACGAUGAGCUGGAGGUGCUGCGUCGAGCCGAAAUUGCCUUUGAGGCCACCAAAGGCAGAAAUAUAGACAUGCGACAUGACAAGGACUACAUGGAGCGCAUGCGCAUCGAGGCGCGGCGUCAAUACCUGGUUAACCGUGAAGUGGACCGUCUCGAGCUCGCAGAACGGGCGCUGGGCGAAAAGGAGAUCCUUUACAAGGGGGUGAAAGAUGACACAGCACGAAAGACGCUCGAGUUCGAGAAGAGUACUGUGGAGUUUGCCAAAACUACAAUCGCGUCCCGUGCCGCCGAUAUCAGCGGCUACGUGAUGCCGGACUCGUACGAUGAGGACACCAGUCAGCGUCUCGAGGUGCUGAAGCGAAAGCAAACGUAUAAGCAGAUGGAUGCUGUAGUGGACGAUGGUCAGAGUUGGGAAACACAGCAGAUGAAGCUGGGUGGAAUUUCAAGGGGAUCGGCAAGUCGUGGCCACACAAGUGCGAGUAUGCCGGGAACUGGGCAAAUGCAGCCACCAACGGGGAUACCAGGCUUGAUAGGGCUCGAUGGGACGAUCGACUUUGUCACCAGCGAGUGCCACUCCGGCGAACUGCCCACAGAAUUCGACGCGAAAGCCGUGGGUGUGAAUGCGGUGGCUGCGGUGUUUGAGGACGCACAAGAAUCUAGCGAAGAGGAGUCUCCCUCUGACUCUGACGGGGAGACUUCAGAUUCCACCGCGGCCACGAAAAAACGGAAAACGUUUGCAGAUCGCGUGUUGGCAAAGCAGCGGCGCAGACAACGUCAGGAGCAUCGUAAGCUCAUGGAGGAGCGAUGCAGGUUGCCGAUUUACAGUUACCGGCACGAGCUGCUGUCAGCGAUACGUAACCACCCCAUUCUUGUAGUCGUGGGAGAUACCGGUAGCGGUAAGACGACGCAGAUUCCACAAUACUUAUACGAGGUUGGGUAUGGAAAGGCCGGAAAAAUCGGUUGUACGCAGCCCAGACGUGUGGCCGCCAUGGCCGUCGCUUCAAGGGUUUCGCAGGAGGUGGGAUGCAAGCUUGGCCAGGAAGUCGGCUAUACCAUCAGGUUCGAGGACUGCACGAGCAGCAACACAGUGAUCAAGUACAUGACCGAUGGUAUGCUACUGCGUGAAAUGAUGACUGAGCCGGACCUUGCCAGCUACUCGGUGGUGAUGAUUGACGAGGCGCAUGAACGCACAGUGCACACUGACGUAAUAUUCGGUCUGGUAAAGGACCUGUGCCGGUACAGAAACGACUUCAGGCUCAUCGUGGCAUCGGCUACCCUGGAGGCGGAGAAGUUUGCGCUGUACUUCGACCACGCACCGAUCUUCCGAAUCCCGGGACGGCGCUACCCUGUACAGAUAUACUAUACCAAGGCGCCUGAGGCUAACUUCCUGGACGCGUCUGUGAUCACGGUCCUGCAGAUUCACGUGACGCAGCCACUGGGAGAUAUCCUUGUGUUCCUGCCGGGGCAGCAAGAGAUCGAGGAGGUACAGGAGGAGCUGCAAAACCGGCUUCGUAAUAGGGGAAAGGACAUGCGCGAGCUUAUCGUGUUGCCGGUCUACGCCACGCUUCCAAGCGACAUGCAAGCCAAGAUAUUCGAGCCCACGCCACCCAACGCAAGGAAGGCCAUUCUCGCCACUAACAUCGCAGAGACUUCGAUCACAUUAAACGAGAUCGUCUACGUCAUCGACUGUGGCUUCUGCAAGCUCAACAGUUUCAGCCCUAAAACUGGCAUGGAGUCGCUAGUGACUGUGCCGUGCUCCAAAGCGUCAGCCAACCAGCGCAGCGGCCGCGCUGGUCGUGUGCGGCCAGGGCACUGCUUCAGGUUGUACACCAAGUUUUCGUAUGAAAAGGAAAUGGACGAUGUCAACGAUCCCGAGAUCCAGAGGACCAACCUUGCGCAUGUCGUGCUAAGUCUCAAAGCUCUCGGUAUCGAUGACUUAAUAAACUUCGACUUCAUGGACCCGCCCGCCCCUGAAACGCUUAUCAAGGCGCUAGAGCUUAUUUAUGCACUUGGCGCAUUAAACGACAAGGGAGAACUGACUAGAAUGGGGAGGCGCAUGGCUGAACUGCCGAUGGACCCAACCUACAGCAAGAUGCUACUAUCGGCGGAAAAAUACAAGUGUACACAUGAGCUUAUCACCAUAUGUGCGAUGCUGGGCGUCGGCAACAACAUUUUCUACCGCCCAAAGGACAAGCAAUUGCAUGCGGACAAUGCAAGGAAGAACUUCUUCCGCACUGGAGGAGACCACCUUGUCCUCUUGAACGUCUACAACCAGUGGGAGGAGGCCGAGUUCAGCGUAGCCUGGUGUUACGAAAAUUACGUACAACACAAGUCACUCAGACGUGCUCGAGACAUCCGUGAGCAGUUGGUGGAGCUAAUGAAGCGCGUGGAGGUCGAGGUUAUAUCUAACGUCACAGAUACUGAUGCGAUCCUCAUGUCAGUUACGUCGGGGCUGUUCACGCAAGCCGCUGUGAGGGGUGGGCCAAAAGGAAGCGGAGCAUAUCGCACGUUAAAACAUCCGCAGAACGUAGACAUUCACCCACAGUCUGCGUUGUUUGACCAGGAACCAAAGUGUGUCGUCUACACAGAUUUGGUGAUGACUACCAGGCAGUACAUGCGUCAGGUGUCACAGAUACGCCCUGAGUGGCUCACUCAGCUUGCUCCACAUUACUACACGAACGACAAUCCUGCGCUUCAGGGCUCGAAGAAGAUGCCCAAGCGCAAAGAAUAA